UCUCAGAUUCUGUUCCUUACACAAACUCCCCACCUCUUCAAAAUACACCCACCCACACCCACCCACGUCAAGACAAACCCAAGCCUAUCCCAAAUAGAAACCCCUCUGCGUCGCCAUCCACGCCAGCGUCCCACUAGCGACGCACAGCGGGUUUAAAAACCGGCCCUUAGGCUUCGCGCUCCCGAAAAUCAACCAUUCGCUCACAAAGUGCGCAAAGGCAGUUCCAAACGUCCACAUGGCCAGGUCGUACAUGUGAGGCUCGUUGAUGUGGAAGGCAGCGUACGCGCGGACGACAGCAGAAAUAAAGGUCCAGGUGCCAAAGGUGCGCGAUUGCAGUGCGUUGAAUGGGCUAUUAUUGUAUAGCAGGGCCGUGUAUGUUGGGCUGAUGAGGGCGCGGGAGGUGUUUAAGGUGGAGACGACGGCGAGCUGCAGGUUUUUGGUUUUGUGCGAUUAGUUUUUCCAGUUACUUUUCUCAUUGAAUAGGGAAGCCUUGAGGAGAGUUGAGAUAAAGGGGUGAGUGAUAUUGAAUGGACCAGGGGCCCUUAGAGAGGGGACAUACGAAAAGGAGCCAUUUGGGGAGAAAGCCCUCAUGCUGCGGGAGGUAGGAGAGGAGAGAAGACAUUUUGAUAGAGCUGACGGAUUCGAUUGCCUUCACAAUUUUAACGAUUUGGACGCGUUUAAUACACUGUGAUCUCUGUGAAUUUGCAGAGGAUCUGGACUGACGAGAGUUGAUAUGUUUAUCUAAAUAGUUAAAUCUCCAUUGACUUUAAUUUCCAUUAUCUGAGCCCUGUUUUCAGGGAUUGAGUUGUAUUAGCGUAAAUAGCUUCUGUAUCAUACGGUACCGUACGGAGUACCACGGGCUGCCAUUUGUAUUUUCUCGGACGUAUUUAUCUUUCACCAACAACCAUAAAUACGCAGUUUUGUUGACAAUAAAUAACAAUAUUUAUCAAAAAGAGCAGGCUUCAUCUUGGCAAAACAUCCCGACGGCGCUGUCAACCAUCCUCCUAUCCCGUGACGGAAUAUCCCACCCCAACAGCUUACUUUUCACUGACUGAAAAGAUCCGUAAGCGAAGCAAUGGGUUUGGCCUGCGCCUGUAUGGACCGUCUGUCACAGUUCCGCUUCGCCCCAGCCCCUGGUUGGCAGUCGAAUGCGGCUCUAUUCCUCCUCUUGACUGGAGGAUUGUUCACAGCAUGCAAAUUGUUUAACGUUUUCCGUGCCCUACUCAGUAUUUUCAUCCUGCCGGGGCAGAAGCUCUCCAAAUUCGGACCAAAAGGAAGCUGGGCACUUGUCACCGGUGCCUCAGAUGGAAUUGGCAAAGAAUUCUCUCUCCAGCUCGCCCGCGCGGGCUACAAUAUCCUCCUCGUCUCGCGUACGACUUCGAAACUAGAUGAUGUCGCCAAUGAAAUCAAGAGCAAGUCCCCCAGCGUACAAACCAAACUCUUCGCAAUGGACUUCUUUGAAAACAACGAUGACGACUACGAGAAACUCAAGCUCUUGAUCCAGGAUCUCGAUAUUUCCAUCCUCAUCAACAACGUCGGCCGCAGCCAUAGCAUGCCAACCCCAUUCGUCCUCACCCCGCUCGAAGAAAUGGAGAGUAUAAUCACCAUCAAUUGCAUGGGCACCCUGCGCAUCACCCAGCUGGUUGCACCGGGAAUGAUGCAGCGCAAGCGUGGGUUAAUCAUGACCAUGGCAUCAUUUGCCGGCAUGAUUCCUACCCCGCUGUUGGCUACUUACUCCGGGAGCAAGGCAUUCCUGCAAUACUGGUCGAUUGCCCUAGGCAGCGAGCUGAAGCCGUACGGGGUGCAGGUUGAGCUUGUUCAGAGCCACCUAGUGACAUCUGCCCUGUCCAAGAUCCGCAGGCCCACCGUUACAGUUCCCGUUCCGCGCAACUUUGUUCGAGCAGCCCUCAGCAAAAUUGGUCGCGGGAGCGGUUUGUCGGCAUACGCGUAUACCUCUGCGCCCUACUGGAGUCAUGGUGUGAUGGCAUUUGCUCUCACGCAAGUUCUAGGACCCAUGGGUAAACUCGUUCUGGGUUAUAAUAAAGCCUUCCACGAAUCUAUUCGAGCACGUGCGCUACGGAAGGCGGAGCGCGAGAGGAACAAGAAAUCUACUUGAUUUACACCUCAUGAUAGUUUGUGUACUUUUAGCCGUCGGAAGCUGACUCCUCCGUGGGAACGAUGGGUUUCUUGGGAAUAACCGUCCUAAAAAAGGGCGCUGAAGUGGGACAGUAUGGCCAUAACUAUUUUUUUUUUCUCCGGGAAAGGUUAAAACAGGGAUUCGGAACUUGUCUCAGAGGAAUAAAAACGAAAUUAAUAAAAGGGUAGAUAGAUGUAUUACAACUAUGUUCUCGGGCCGACUGGAAUAGGCAGAGGGGGCUUUUUCAGAUCUGUCAGAGUGUUCUUUUGCCGUCCAAUGUUCGCAUCCGCAUUAUGGAUGAAUUAUAAUAUUAGUUGAUGUUAGAGCAGUUUAAUAUGGUAUUCAGCAUUCUUCCAGACUCCGUCCCACCCCCCUCAUCUGGCGUUGUCCUGCGUUCGAUGUCUGCUAUUUUUCCAAAACCUUCGGCAUCGACACAGCGCGCACGGCGCUUAAGUUCGUAAGCGCGCGUUCCCAACUUUGGCUCAGGACCGGUCCCGAACACUCGGAACCAUUUUUAACCUUUCACCCAAACAAAGGACAAUAUCACAACUUCAACUUCUGCUCCGGAAUAAAGCAGGUAUUCGUUUAAACUUUAACUGUUUCCUUUCCACUGUUUCGCGAGUAUAGACAUGCAUGGGCAUGAGAGGUUAACAAUGCUUAGCUUGGAAGCAAGGGUUUGGUGAAGGGUGGGAUUUGCCGCGCCUCUGAAGUAUUGGCCAAAGUAACAAAAG